AUGAAUACACUCUACUGCGCGUAUUACGGCAGGUGUUUAGUAAAAACGAAUCCUCCAGUCAAUGGUUCCGAUUAUUGUUAUGUAUCAUUCUUCCACCACAUAUCCGACGGUCGAUGGCUACUGCAAGAGAAUGGCCAUAGUACACAUGGCCGUACUUUCAUAUUCAAGUCAAUGAAGUCUUUCUGUUUCACAGCCGAGAAAUCAAUUGAUAACCAGUUCGACGGAGUGAAAAAUUGGACAGCACGUUGGCGAAUCGGAGUCUGUCAACCCCGGAUGGACACCGGUUGA